UCCGCCUCCGAGCGCGGGGAGGGUGGCCGUUUCCUCCCCCAAAAGCCUCCCGCUUUCGUGCCCCCAAAUAAUCCCAGGAAGGUUUCGAAGAGGCUGAAUUGCGCAGGCCUCGGACGCGCGUGAGUAGAGUUUGAGAGGCUAAAGGCUAGCUACCCGGACGCCACCCCUGCAGCGGCCUUUCCCCCCGUCCGCGGCUGCUGCCGCACUUGGUUCCGCCGAGCCUCACGACGGUUCCGCCCCCUUCUUCCUUGUCAUUGAUGUUGUUGUUCUUGUCAGUGCCGCAGCCCCGACCGCCGGGAGCUCGAACCCGAGCCGGGGCCACCCGGGUGGCGCGGUCGCGGCUGCGGCUGCAGCAGCUGCGACGGCUGCGGGGCCUGCUCCGGGGACUGCGGGGCCGGCCGGCGGCCGGCAGCCGGCGGCGGGGCCGGAUGGCUCUGUGCGGGCAGGCGGCGGGCGCCGCGUCGCUUCCCAGCGAGCUGAUCGUGCACAUCUUCUCCUUCCUGCCGGCGCCCGACCGGCUGCGGGCCUCGGCCUCCUGCUCGCACUGGCGGGAGUGCCUCUUCUACCCGGCCCUGUGGCCCCAGCUCCGCAUCUGCCUCCGCGUCUCGCCCCAGGAGCAGCCUCGGCUCGAAUUCCUCAUGCGCAAGUGCGGCUGGUUCGUGCGGGAACUGCGCGUUGAGUUCGCCGCCGAGAAUUACCUGAGCGGCGGCGGCGGCCCGGGCGACGGGAGCGGCGCGGACCCCGGCACGCCCGGCGGCGAGGAAGUGGAGGCCCUGCAGCUCUCGACGCGGUGGCUGGAAGUGCUGCGCACCUACUUGGAGCUGGUGCUGUGCGUGCUGGUCAGCAUCCGUAACAACAGGAACCUCCAGAAGUUUAGCCUUUUUGGAGACAUAAGUGUUCUACAACAGCAAGGAAGUUUGUCAAAUACAUACCUCAGCAAGGUGGACCCUGAUGGCAAAAAAAUUAAACAAAUUCAGCAGCUCUUUGAAGAAAUACUCAGUAAUAGUAGACAACUAAAGUGGCUUUCCUGUGGGUUUAUGCUGGAAAUAGUAACCCCAACAUCACUAUCAUCUCUCUCAAACUCUAUUGCCAACACCAUGGAGCACCUGAGUUUACUGGACAACAAUAUACCGGGUAGUAGCACCCUUAUCACCACAGUGGAACUGGAGCGAUUUGUGAAUCUACGCUCACUUGCCCUGGAUUUCUGUGACUUUACAGCUGAGAUGGCAAGAGUCUUAACUGAUAGCAACCAUGUGCCUUUGCAGCGAUUGUCUCUCCUGGUCCACAAUGUUUCUGUGAUGCACAAGUCUCUGGACAACAUGCCAAAUGAUGAGCACUGGAAAGCCUUGUCAAGAAAGAGUUCCAGCCUUCGGGUCUAUAUCAUGGCAUUUGAUAUCAAGAGUGAAGAUAUGUUAAAGAUUCUGAAACCCAGUAUACCACUAGAGAGGAUUCAUUUUGAUAGCUACAUUACUUGUGUAUCAGGGGCUAUUGUUGAUCUUAUAUCCAGGCAGUAUGACAAGUUCCUCACUCAUUUUAUAUUAAUGAAUGAUGUGAUUGACACGUCUGGUUUUCCAGAUCUUAGUGAUAACCGAAAUGAGGAUCCAUUGGUUUUAUUAGCGUGGAGGUGCACAAAACUCUCUCUUCUAGCAAUUCAUGGUUACACAGUGUGGGCACACAACCUCAUUGCCAUUGCUCGUCUUCGUGGCUCUGACCUAAAAGUGCUUGAAGUCACUGAAGAAAGCAUUGAUUUUGACCAAGGUGAACUGGCUGACCAGGAUGUGGAUCCAGUACAUAACCUUAUUGAGCAGGUAUCCCUGGGCCUAGGUCAAUCUUGGCAUGCAGUCAUGGACAUCGAAUCACUCAGUGUCUUCACUGAACCAAAUCGUCAUUUUUACAGAGAGAUGCAAAGCUUCAGCGAAGACAUUUAGCUUUUUUUUAAUGUACAAUUCCUGUGGUUACAUAUGCAAGUAGGGUCCUAUUAUGUUUUUUUUCAGUAGUGUGAAUUAAUCCCUUUGUGCUGUGUUUAAUCAGUAUUAGCUUUAUAGAAUUAUAUAUGUAUAUUCUACUUCUUGAUCAAAGAACGUAGUCGGGUAUUGGUUUAGAAGUUCAAAGUGACAUUGUAUAGGGCUUUCACGGUUAAUGGACCUGCUACCAAACCUUAAGGAUAUGUCUGAGGUUGCUGGCUAACUUUAUUUUUCACUGAGUUAACUCUGCCUUUUCAAUGUUUUUAUUCCUUGUAUGUUGGAGUUCAAAGCUCAGGAGCCAAAAUAUUUUUAUACGUAGAUAGAUAUAUCCAUAGCCUGGUGGAUUUGUAUGCAACGCACUGCAUUCAUGCAUUCUGAUAACAUUUCAUUAAUUUUUUUGAAGUUGUAUAAGGAAGGAUAAUUUGAUCCCAAAUGAGUUAUCAAUAACAGAAAAGCCAAGACUUUAACUUUCACUACUAUAUACUAGUUGACCAAUUACCAUUCUGAAUUUUGUAUAGAACUAGGUUAGAACAUUGCUUAAUCCAUUUUUUAAAUGCAUUUACAUAAACGUGAAUAUUGAAAUUGUUGGAUUUUUUUUAAACUAUGUCUGACAUAAUUUUAUUCAUCAAUUAUAUUGUACAUUCAAGUUAGCUUUUUAGCCCAGAUUUAAAGAAUGGAGGAGGUUAGAAACUGUAUUCCAGGGUAAAACCUCCUAAAAGAAAAUCAAAAUACAGAGUUGUAAACACACAUGCUUGUAAACAUUAGUCGUGAAAUCCCUAGCAACAAGUCACUGGAUUUUUCUCUGUCAGCGCGCGUGUCAGCUGCCAAAGAAUAGACUUAACUGAAGAAGUGCCCACAUGCUGGCAGGGGCCGGCUCACUCUGGCCAGCCAGAUACUGCUAGAUUGUAAUAUUUAAGGUCGAAUUUCGACCUGUGGUACACAGCUGUGCUGUGGCUCAGUCAGCAACCUCAGAACUCUGAAAAAAAACAAAAAAAAGAAAAAAAAACAUGCACCUGUUUCACUGUGAAUAGUGAAUGUAAAGGAAAGAAAGGAAAACAGAAAGCUUGUUCUAUCACAGGUAUGAGCUGCUAUGAUACAUGAAGAACAUUCCAUGAAGUAUGUUUUAAAACCUUGUUAUAUCUGAGAGGCUUUAAAAGCCGAUUUACUGUUUCAGGGCAACCGCGGUACAGACGUGGUCUCUGUGAGACUUCCACCUGACCCCAGUUUUAAGUGGUACGAAUGUUGUGCAUUUAAUGUUAAAGGACAGUCUGCAAUAAUAAAGUAAGUAGCCAACGUGGGUGCCCAGCAGUGCUGAGACCUGGCUGCUCUAUUGUAAGCUUUGGAAACACAAUUUAUGCAACAGAUGUCCAGAUAUGAUUCUAUUUAUGGAAAAAGUUUAUAUGUGUUUUACAAAUGGUUUUACCAUCUUAUAUUAAAAUGACCUUUUGACAGGUGUGCACUGUUUUGUCUCCAGUGAGCACAUACCAUGCGGAUUUUAUAUGUACAUCAGUAGUGUGAAUCCACUGGCACAGUGUGUGUGAAUGCCAGAUGUGGUGAGAUUUUAUCUUAUAAAUGUGAUCGGAUAAAAUAACUCCUGACAGAAACUGGAAGGAAACCAGCUGAAUGUGUUUGACUUAAUGACUGAUGUUGUAUGGUUUAUGUUAAAUGUAUAUUCUUUUAAUCAAUGAAUAAAGCAUUAAAAAGUGA